AGUUAUGGGAAAAAAACCACGGAAACGGUUGUGGACAUCUAAGAUGGCGGAGGAGCAGCAGGAAUCAUCACAGGGGGAGAUGGAGGGCGUGAACUGCCUAGCGUAUGAUGAGGCCAUAAUUGCACAGCAGGACAGAAUUCAACAGGAGAUAGCCAACAGUAACCCGUUAGUGUCGGAAAGAAAGGAACUGUCCGUUCUGCAGAGUGAGUACUCCGAGGAGGACGUAGUUUAUCAGCUCAAGAUCAAGGACUUGUACAAAAAAUAUUCCCGCAUCCGCAAGACAAGACCGGACGGCAAUUGUUUCUACAGAGCCUUUGGCUUUGCCCAUCUCGAGUCUCUACUCGAUGACAGCAAAGAGCUGCAGAGGUUCAAAGAGGUGGCGGCGAAAAGCAAACUGGACCUGGUUCAUCAAGGAUUCACCGAGUUCACCAUCGAGGACUUCCAUCACACUUUCAUGGACCUGAUCGAACUGUGCGAAAAGCAGCCGAGCUUGAAGGAGCUGCUGAGAUCCUUUAAUGACCAGAACGUGUCGGACUACGUGGUCGUAUAUUUGCGGCUGCUCACCUCGGGCUACCUGCAGCGGGAGCACGGUUUCUUUCAGCACUUCAUCGAGGGAGGACGCUCCGUCAAGGAGUUUUGUCAGCAGGAGGUGGAGCCCAUGUCGAAAGAAAGUGACCACAUUCACAUCAUCGCCUUAGCCCAGGCCCUGAACUUAUCCAUCCUCGUGGAGUACAUGGAUAGAGGAGAGGGCGGAACGGUCAAUCAUCACGUCUUCCCUGAAGGCGGCGACCCACGCAUCUUCCUCCUCUACAGACCCGGCCAUUAUGACAUCCUGUACAAAUAGGGCGGCAACCUCCUCCCCGUAGCGUUCAGCCACGCACGCGGAUGAAGCAGAAUGUCGCUUGGCAUUCAUUCGUCAUGAACAAAAAGUUAAAGUACAGUUCGUGGUAACCCCCCACCCACCACCAGUUAUCACCAAAUAUCUAAAGAAAACAUGUUUGAGAAAAUAGAAGUGACUCCAGGUAUUUAGAGUUGUACAGGUUUCUUUUGUGGUUGUAAAUGUUAUUUACUUGCUUUGUUGGAUUCUUCGUUUCAUUGAGUUUUAUUAAAGGGAUUUGCAUCUUA